UCUUCUUCACUUCCUACCACACCAUCCACACACCAACAAUAAUAGUACAUUUGCAUGGAUAUUUUCUCUCUUUUAAAACACAUACUCCUCUUCCUCUCUAGUCUUCUCUCAUACCCUUUUACAAAAAAUAAGCCAAAAAAAGAACCAAAACAAAGACCUAACCUUCCUCCUGGUUCAAUGGGUUGGCCUUAUAUUGGUGAAACCCUCCAACUCUACUCUCAAGACCCAAAUCUCUUCUUUUCUUCCAAGCAAAAAAGGUAUGGGGACAUAUUCAAGACACACAUACUAGGCCAUCCUUGUGUGAUGCUGGCUUGUCCUGAAGAUGCAAAGUUUGUGCUUGUGACUCAUUCACACUUGUUCAAGCCCACAUACCCUAAAAGCAAAGAGAAGUUAAUUGGGCCUUUUGCUUUGUUCUUUCACCAAGGACAAUACCACACCCACUUAAGAAAGUUGGUUCAAACUUCUUUGUCACUUGAUUCCUUCCGUACACUUAUUCCCAAUAUUGAGGCUGAAGCCAUUUCUGCCUUGGAGUCUUGGGCUUGUUGUGGACAAGUUGUCAACACCUUUGAUGAGAUGAAGAAGUUUGCUUUUGAUGUGGGAGUUCUUGCAAUAUUUGGUCAGUUGGACAGAAAUUACAGAGGGAAGUUGAAGGAGAAAUACCAAAUAGUUGAUAAGGGUUACAAUUCUUUCCCUUCAAGUAUUCCUGGAACUGCAUAUCACAAAGCACUCUUGGCAAGGAGAAGGCUUGGAGAAAUGUUGAGUGAGAUAAUUAGUGAGAAGAAAGAGAAGAAACUACUACUAGGGAAGGAUCUAUUGAGUCAUUUCUUGAACUCUAAUGGUGGAAAGGGAGAAACUUUCAGUGAAGAUCAAAUUGUUGAUAACAUUAUAGGAGUCCUUUUCGCGGCACAGGACACUACAGCUAGUGUUCUAACAUGGAUUCUCAAGUAUCUCCAUGAUGAACAGAAGCUCUUUGAAGCUGUUAAGGAGGAACAAAUGGCAAUUUAUGAAUCAAAUGAUGGAGGAAAGAAGUGCUUGACAUGGGCACAGACAAGGAAGAUGACACUUACCAAUAGGGUUAUACUAGAGAGCUUGAGAAUGGCAAGCGUAAUUUCUUUCACAUUCAGAGAAGCAGUGACUGAUAUAGAGUACAAGGGGUACCUUAUUCCAAAAGGGUGGAAGGUGAUGCCAUUGUUUAGAAAUAUUCACCACAAUCCAGAAUUCUUCACUGAUCCCCAAACUUUUGAUCCAUCUAGAUUUGAGGUCAGCCCAAAACCCAAUACUUUCAUGCCUUUUGGCAAUGGUGUGCAUGCGUGUCCUGGUAAUGAACUUGCCAAGCUUGAGAUCCUCAUCUUCAUCCACCAUUUAGUCACCAAAUUCAGGUGGGAAGUGGUGGGAUCAAAAGAUGGGAUUCAAUAUGCCCCAUUUCCAGUACCCCAGCAAGGACUUCCAGCCAGAUUUUGGAAAGAAUUAACACUACAAGAAGUCACAAAUAAGAUUUAUUAAUAUGUCAUGUCACCAUUGUAGUGGUUGUUAGUAUUAUAAAAUACCCAACUACUACUCCCUCUAACCCAAGAAGUCAAGAACACGUACCCUGCUGUUUUUGUUCAUGGGGUGUGUUGAUUCAUUCCACCAUUGAUGUAUCUACAAUCCCCCCCCCCCUCUUUGUUAUUCCUUAGUUGGAGGCCUAUAAUUGUAACUAUUAGGUAUAUAUUUAUAUAUACAUGUGACUUCUUUUUUGGGCUCUACAUGUAUGGGCCGGGCUUGA